AUGGAGGACAACUCUACAACUUGUAAGAAGCCAACAUGGCAAAACUGUGUUCACUGUCCUCGACUACUUUUCACUUCUGCCACGGAAUUUGAAAGGCACAUACAAGAUAAGCACAGCAUCAAAGAGGGAUCUAUCAUACUGUGUCAGUAUGGGCAAAAUGGUAUGUGUUCCUCUCUGCAGUUUGGUGAUUUACGGAAAGCAGGCUUUAAAUACCACGUAAGGGAAUACCACUUGUACAUAAAGGAUUCUAAUGACGACUGGACCUUCUAUUCUUCCUCACAAAAUCUUCCAGCAGUAUUAAAUGAUCCUAACAGAGGUAAACAAAGUAAUUUUUUUACUAAGACGUGGGGCGACAGUUUUGUUGAAAAGAUUGAUAUAUACCCUAGUCCAUAUUUACCUGAAAUCACAUUAGCACAUUUCGAAUCAUAUUGCAAACGAGUUGCUAAAAAAUAUCGUCGUCAUUGCAGACUGAAAGAAAGUGUUCCAGUUAAAAAUAAAACACCUGUGGUCGAAAAUGUUGUGAGGUGCCUAAUAUAUUCUAUGAACAAUCAUUACCAUUAAAUAAUCCAGAAGUAUUUAGCCAAGUAUUUCCUAGUCUAUGUAAUUCUGAAGAACCUAGUAUUGCAAUUAGAUCUCUUCAGGAAACACUAAGUACAUACCUCGACGUUAUUGAAAUGAAAAUUCUAAGCAAGUAGCUCAAAAAUCAGAUGCAUUUUUUCAUGCUAUGUUGUCUCAUGACACCAUAAUGGAGCAGAUGGCUAGAGCUGUGAAUACUGUAAGAAAAACCAGACAAAACAUAACCCAUGUUAAAGGGAAUUUAACUGAAUGUCCUCUGAAAUUAGCAAGUUUGACAAGAAUUAAUCAAAAUUUGAACACUGUCCAUGAUCUUUUAAAAUUGAUGGGGACUGUACAGCAAACGCAACCAAUGAUACAACUUCUAUUAAGCACCUCCGAUUAUGUAGCAGCCUUGGACUUAAUUAGCUCCACACAAAAGGUAUUAUCAACACGUUUGUCAGGAAUACAAGCAUUUCGUCAUUUAUCCCCCCAACUGACUGAAAUGAAAAGAUUGAUUCACAAGAUGUUGAGCAAUGAAUUUUUAAGAUUCAUUGUCACAGACCUUAAUAGACCUCCGAAAGAUGAAACAGAAAUACCGGAAAGAGAAAAAAUUGUAUCAAUAGUUUCUGGAAUCCUUCGUCUUAAGGAAUUAGAUUUUAUUGAUACUUUCAAAACCGAAGCAAUGACGUCUAUUCAAGCUACAAUCAAACAAUCUGUUAUAGAAAUAAUUUCUGAAAGAGAUGGGAACACAGAAAUUGUUUUAAGAGGAUCUAAUGCAGACAACAUGUGGCUGCUGUGUAAUGAAGGUAUAACAUUUCUGCAAAAAGUUACUCCAAAUUUAAUCAUUUUAUUCAAAAGAAUAUUGUCCUUACACAACCUGAUAUUAGAAAUUACUCAAAUGGAUGAUGUUACUGGAAAUGAUAGUGAAGAUGUGUGGUCACCUGAGGAACUCGUUGCUGUGGAAGAAAAGUUAAAAAAAAUGAUAGGAUCCCUCUCUGACUAUUGCAAUGAAAGAUGUGCUAAUCUAUAGUAACUAAAACUGACAAAGACUAUGUUUUUUCUGAUAUGUCUCAAUUAUCAACCUUGUCUAAACUCAUCGAAAACUUCUGUGAUGAAUGUGAAGAAAUCACUGGACAUUGUAGUAAUGCAAUGAAGCUAGCUCUAAGAAGCUAUGCUAUGAAGUAUAUACAAUGUUUACAUGCUGAAAGAAGAACUCAAUUGACUUCUGCUCUAAAUACAGAGAGAUGGAAAGCUGCAGAUGUACCUUGUGAGCUACAGAGUGCAAUAAAUAUUAUUUAUGAAUCAGGCGAAAUACCAAGUGCUGUACAAUAUGACAGUGGCAAACCCGAUGGAAAAUAUUUAUUAAUUAAUAAGGAAAGUUAUGCUGUUGUAGCAACAGUACAACUAUUAAUAAAAAUAUUGUUGGAAUAUUGUGAUGCAACUAAACAAUCUCCUGUCAUUGUUCAGUAUUUGGUUCAUUGCAUGUUAGAAUUGAUCCGGUUAUUCAAUUCUCGGUGCUGCCAAUUAGUCUUAGGUGCUGGAGCAAUACAGAGUGCUGGCUUAAAAACUAUUUCUACAUCAAACCUUGCUUUGGUUUCUAGAUCCCUACAGGUUGUCAUGUGGUUUUUACCUAAGAUAAGAGGGUUGCUUGAGAAACAGCACUCUAAAGAUUUGUCACUUAAUGGUUUUAGUAAUAUAGAGAGUGAUAUAGUCAGCCAUAAGCAAGAAAUAGAGAAUAAGAUUUGUCUCAUAGUAAGUAAUAUGCUUGCAUCUCAACUGAACGGGUGGGAUGCUAAACCACCAGUACCAUCUCAAACAUUCCGAAAUAUUUCUAAACAUUUAGUUAAAUUACAUGAAGCACUUAUUGAUAUAUUUCCCAAUGAACAAAUAAGAACUGUUUAUAAAAGAGUACAUGAUAAUUUCAAAGACAAGCUUAGAGAACAAUUAGUAAAGAUGAAUAUUGUAGCAAAUGGAAGCCCUCAGCAUGGUGUGGUCACUUCAGAAUUAACUUUCUACUUACAAACCCUUAAAACAUUACGGGUCAUAAAUGACAAUGACGCAGAGGACAAUAUAUUGUAUGAUAUUUGGUUAAAUUAA